AUGGUUUUGAUUUCUAUAGAUCGAUGUAUAGCUAUUCGCAAGCCCCAUCUCUACCGUAGUACUUUCACUUUAAUUCGUGUAGUUAUAUUUCUGGCAGUCGUGUGGAUAUUCGGUAUAUUUUUCAGUGUGACAGCCACUUUCCUCCUCAGUGUUCAUCCCAGUGUUUAUCUGUUGCUGAUAAUGUAUGGAGUCACAGCUACACUUGUAGCUUUUUUUCAACUGGGUGUCUACACUGGGGUAAAGAAGCAGAGUAGGAGGACUGCUGAUAUAAGAAGCUCCGUGCACAGACAGCUGACCUUUGAGCGUACGGCUACGACUGUUGUGCUCUAUGUGAUAAUCGCUCUAGCCGUAUGUCACGUUCCUUUGCUAUCGAUGUAUAUCAUGAUCAGCACAGGUAAGAACUACAUGCUGCUUGGCAAGGCGUGGAUGGAGCUACUGCUGUACCUCAAUGCUCUAGCCAACCCUUUGAUCUGGUUAAAAACCAAUAGAAAAGUCAGGAAGGCAGUCGUAGAAUCUUUGACUGCUUUUCGUUUGUACUUUGUGAACUCAACGCCAGUCCAUUCCCUAAAUUCUAAUGGCGCCCCAAGCGAUAGAGCAACAAACGAUACAGCAACAGAGCUGAAAUCAACGUACAUGAGGAAGGAAACGAUACAUCGCGAUACGGUGAAUCCUUCGAAUAUUAAAGAACCUUGA